UUCCUCAGUCUUUCCGCUCACUUCGCGCAGAGCGCCAGCCAGCUUGGCACCUACCUGUCGGCGUCAUAAUCACGUGGAAGUCCCCGCGAACUCGCGUGUCUUCGCAAUAUUCCCUCUGAGUUUAAGCAAUUAUUUUAACGCUGCAUUAAAACCUGAUUCCGGUGGAUUUUUUAGUGUUUGUGUUUCUAUAACUUUUACCGGUAACCUUAAAAUCAUCGCGUUGCUUUCCCGAAAGCUCAUAGUGCUUCAGUCAUAGAAAACACAACAAAAAUCGGUGUUCGAAUGCAAAUUUGAUCGUUGCUCGGGUAAUUUGCACCUGCUUAAUCCAAUAAACGAAUCCUUCUGUGGAACUCAUUCAUGAGAAAACACUCUCGUUGUUCAAGUAAAUUAUUUGCUGUGCAGAAAGCUUUAAACUGCUGAAAUUUAACGCGGCUAUUUUCUUAUUCAAGCUUUAAAAGUUUGAGGUUACAGUGUUAGCUCGUCAAAUUGCCUCUCUCAUGCUACGACGUUGAUGUACUAUCUGUCCUAAGCAAGUAAAGCUGUAAAAAGUUUUAAGUGAUCGCGUGAAGAUUUAAUUCAGUUUGAUAUAAUUUAAUCCUCAAGAAUACUUUUGUGCUUUUUCAUCCACUCUCGUCAAGUAACAAAGAAAAAGGAAUCCGUUUAGCUGCGAAUAGACGUGCAUAUCACGUAGCCAAGCGACCCAACCAUUUGAUCUUACGAAGGCUGCAAAUUCCAGACAUGGUCGUCCCUCGCUGCCUUUGAUAAGAUUCGCGCUCUACCCUCUGCAGAGUUGCAUCCUCUUCGAGAACUCUGCUUCUCUGAGCCUUCCAUCUCUCGCCAUCGAGCCAACAAGCUUUUUAAAAUGCUCUCCAGAGUCAAGCUGAAAUCCAGCUCCGCCUAGCUGGCUUCAUUCCGCGUCCUCUCCAAAAAUGGCUGUGAUAUCUAAUACACGAUACUGGUGAAUCAGCAUUUAUUGUUUGCACUCGAGACGUGAACUUGAGUCAAAUUGUCGGAAAGUUUUUGCGAGUAUGCUGAAAGAUUGUCCUGUUUGAAGGAUACAAAUAUUGUAACGUGGAUUGUUGUUAACGGGUAAUCGUGUCAAAAUUUUACGCUCAAUUCACACUGUCUAAUCCACCCCGGUGUAAUUCAACUGCAAUCAAAUUGUCCAACAGCAAAUUUUUGGAAUUCUUCCGUCCUAACUGACGCCCGGUAACGUGAUUAAAUGUCAGCGCAAUUUGGUUAACGCAAUCGUCCAACGAAAAUCCUUGCUCAAAUCAACUGUUCACACUGUUGCUAUUCGGUCAAAUUCUCUCCUGAAAUAGCAUUUUGAUCAACCGUACCAUUUUAAGCUUUAAGCCAUUUUAAGCUUAGAAGUUCACGUUGUACUCAACUUUCUUAACUUACGUACCUCUUAAUUACCAAGUUCCUUUACGUUAGCGAUAAUUUUCGCGCGUUUGUGUAUCCCUCCGUAACUCGCGUUCCUUCCGGCACCCUGUGUAAUUUUAGUGCACUGCGUGUAUUUCGCGUGUAAUCCUAGUGUAAGUUUAGUUUUUACUCCGAUUCUAGUCUUUUCUCAGUCAGGCCCCACGAUGUUGUUCUCGAGUCUGGCCGUGUGCAGUUUUUGCGCGGUGGCGUGCGUUUUUCUGUUGAGCGUGUUGCGGACGGACGCCGCGCGGGGGGUUCCGGUGCCGCAUCUAGAAGAUGUGUUGUCGAUGCAGGACCCGAGCGCACCAGAGGGCCGGCGCACAAACCCGAAGACGCAAUCCUUUGGCCCUUCCGGACGCGUUCGGAAGCCCAACAUCAUUCUCUUCCUCACCGAUGACCAGGACGUCGAGUUGGGCUCGCUGAACUACAUGCCGAAGACGCUGAAAGUGAUGCGGGACGCAGGGGCGGAGCUGCGGCACGCGUACGCGACGACUCCGAUGUGCUGCCCCUCGCGGAGCUCCAUGCUGACCGGCAUGUACAUGCACAACCACAACGUCUUCACCAACAACGACAACUGCUCCAGCCCCCUCUGGCAGCGGACCCACGAGACCCGCUCCUUCGCCACCUACCUCUCCAACGCCGGAUACCGCACAGGGUACUUCGGGAAAUACCUGAACAAGUACAACGGAAGCUACAUUCCUCCCGGGUGGCGGGAGUGGGGCGGCCUGGUCAUGAACUCCCGCUACUACAAUUACACCGUCAACCUCAACGGGAAAAAAAUCAAGCACGGCGACGACUAUCAAAAGGACUACUAUCCGGAUCUGAUAACCAAUGACUCAAUCGCCUUUUUACGACACUCAAAGAGGCAAUACUCUCGGAAGCCAGUCAUGCUGGUCAUGAGCUUCCCUUCGCCGCAUGGGCCCGAGGAUGCAGCCCCGCAAUACGCCGAUAUGUUCUUCAAUGUCACGUCACACCACACUCCAUCAUAUGACUACGCACCGAAUCCAGAUAAACAAUGGAUUCUCCAAGUGACGGGAAAAAUGAAGCCAAUCCAUCGGCAGUUCACAAACCUGCUCAUGACCAAGAGACUUCAAACCCUCCAGAGCGUCGACGCAGCUGUAGAGAGGGUAUAUCAAGAGGUGAAAGAUCUGGGAGAACUUGACAACACAUACUUCAUCUACACCUCGGAUCAUGGCUACCAUUUGGGGCAGUUCGGAUUGAUCAAGGGCAAGUCAUUUCCCUUCGAGUUUGAUGUUCGCGUUCCGUUCCUGGUCAGAGGCCCUGGAGUUGAUGCGGGCACAACGAUCGACGAGAUAGUCCUGAAUAUCGACUUGGCUCCCACUUUUCUAGAUAUGGCUGGUAUAGAGCCUCCUCCACACAUGGAUGGUCGCUCUAUUCUCAGACUUCUUGGUAAUAAACGACGCAAAGUGAACCGCAAAGUCAUCAUGAAGUGGCCUGACACAUUCCUCAUCGAAAGUAGUGGCAGGCGAGAACCAUCAGACCCACUGAAACUACUGAAGUUUAGGAGGAGGCACAAUCAACUGAACGAAACCUCUGCGGCUGAUGCACCAUCUUUCACCUCCUUAUUGAGUUCCUCUGAAGAUGGAGUCUAUGUGGGGGAUGCUGAUGAAUCAAAGCUGAGGCCGAAUGGAGACAACGAAGAAGAAGAUGGAGGUGAAGAGACCGGACCUGAGGAUGAUGAUGAUGACGAUGAAAUGACACCUGAAAAGGACACUCUCAGUGGUGCUGCCAGCGAAGCAACACCAGAUCUACUGCCAGACAACCGAUUGAUGCCAGUUGGACAUGGAGCACUGAGCAAAGCAGAAAAGCUGGCUUUAGAGUGUGCACAGCCAGAACUGAGGAGUCCUUGUCAGCCAGGCCAAAAGUGGCAUUGCGUUCUUGAAAAAAAUCGGUGGCGUAAACACAAGUGCAAAAACCGGGCUCGGCCAGCCUCUGGACAUGGUCUUGGACAGGAUCAGGUACUAGGACUCUACUCUUUCUCUCCUGCCAGAAAGUGCGCUUGCUUCACACCCAAUGGACAUAUGUACACCCGCCUUGAACCAGACGAAAGGCGUAUGCAAAGAGACUUUUUGAGGAGUCAUGUUAGCAAAGAUUUUCGGCCAAAGUUCAUCAAUGGUGUGCAAUCAAAACCAGAAACCACUGCUCACGAUUUAGCUGAUCAUUGGGGUUUAUCAAGAAGCAAACGAGACGCUGCAACUGUUGACAGCCACAUUUCAUCAAUUAUGAAUGUUAUCGAAGAUAAAAUUUCUGGUCUCCAGCCAUCUAGUGAAAAAUUGUCUAGCAGUUUAAGCUGUAAUGUCACGGAGAGAGGUGAAGUACAUUGCGCUCAGCAAAUCUAUCAAAACCCUAAAAUAUGGAGGAUGAACCGAAAGAAGGUUGAUCGGCAAAUUCGAAAACUGAGGAUGCAUUUGGAAAAGUUAAAGGACAUUCGACACCACCUUCAAAAAAACAAACCACCGCUUGUGGCUUUAGAUGAUGCAGAGGAUAACAUGCAUGGAGAAAAAUUAAACCUAAAUCCCAUGGGAUCAAAAUUUUCAACUAAUGUCACCAGAGACAGUGCUACUGAUCCAAUCACGGAAACACCAAAUGAUAAGUUAUUCGAGUCUAAUCGACAUCGGCAUCACCACCAACAAAAAGUAUUCGAUGAGCAACCAUCCACGACCACAAACCAAGUUGCUACAUCUGAAAGUUUGCUUACCACACUUGCAACAAUUCUAGCUGCUACGAAUAUCACAGACUCAUCAUUGCUAUCAGCCACUACUCCGUAUCCUGCAAACCAAGCAACCAGUCCCUCCAGUAAAAGAGAAAAGACUCACUACAUUGUGAGACCAGGAGGUAUCGAUGUAACCAUUCUGGAGCCUGUAUUAAGCCACGCCUCUGACAAUAAAGCCUCCAGCCCCCUCCUGCCAGAUACCUGCUACUGUGAACCAGACCUCUCAAACGGGAUUGACAACAAAGCCUCUGAACAGAAUGCACGCAGGAAAUUGAUAGAAGAAAAGCUGCGGAAGAAAGAGCGGAAAGCCAGGCGGAAAGCUAAGCAAGAACAAGGCUGCGGCUCCGAAAGAAUGAACUGUUUCAAUCAUGAUAAUGAGCAUUGGAGGACACCUCCAUACUGGACAAAUGGUCCCUUCUGCUUUUGCAUGAAUGCUAACAACAAUACAUACUCCUGUCUGAGGACUAUCAAUUCCACCCAUAACUUCCUUUACUGCGAAUUUGUGACCGGAUUUGUAACAUUUUACAAUCUGAAACUAGAUCCAUUUGAGCAAACGAAUCGAAUAAAUUUAUUAAAUGGACUGGAGAAAUCUUGGCUCCGCGGGACUCUUCACCAUCUGAAAAACUGUAAAGGUACAGAUGAGUGCACAGUUGGUGGUGCCUAUCAGCUACCACGAAGAUUUCCUUCAAUAUCAUUAGCUCCUAGCUUAUAUGCCCCAGCCACUGGUCAAAUAGUUUACAGAAGAGGCUCUGUGAAUCCAUCUGGAAAGAACUGGCGGCAGUCCAUCAGGGAACACAACCCGUGGAGUCACAGCCAGGUCAGGGCCAGCUAGUAUUUGGCCAGAAAAGUCAAGAAAAGAAACAGAAAAGACAAAAGUAAGAAACAAGCCCACCGUGCUCGAACAACAAUCAAGCUAGGUGAUCAGGCCAUCUCUUCCGAGAGGAGCGAUGUUAAACUGCACUGCCAAAACUGCCUGUAAAUAAUUGAGUCAUUAAUAAAAUUAAAUGUAGGUAUUGUUUUUAUGAAGAGUCAUACAAAUAUUUUUCUGUCUUAUAAGACAGACACUAUCUGGGCCCAUGAAUUUCCAUCUGUAGGUCACAAAAGUAACAUUGCUUUCUCUGUAGUUCCUUUUGUUGGAAAAACUUUCGUACGUUCUUGUAAAUUUUGUGACAAAAAUUGAAUUUGGGAACAGAAUAAUGAAGUUGAAAGAAAUUCACAAAGCGAGGAAAAAAAUAAUAAUAAAAAUGAAUGCUUUAUCAGGAUUUCACCAUUAGGUACGUGCAUCUCUGAUAUGUGCAAAUACCAACAUUUUAAAUUUUGAUUUGAAUGCUUUACAUUCCCAAAGCCUCUUCUUCAGAAUUUGAAGUCAACUUUAGUUGCUAAGCAACAAAUAGUGGCUCUGCUUUUCAGCCCGUGGAAUUAUGGGACUUCACCAAAGACACAUUUUGAUGUUGAGUCAUCAAUACGCUUUUGAAAAUUACCGCUGCUGAACUAGGACCUCAUUUUCGCAGUGCUUUAUUUAAAAACAUUAAAAACAAGCAUCUAACCAAUGACAGCAUGAUCCCUAGAUUAGAUCUUUGCUAUAUGGAAAAUGAAGGCCCAAAUAUUUCUACUGGAGCGGAUUUCACCAAUUGUAAUUCAGCAGGACAUUCAGAAAAAUUUGUUAAUCUGAUCUUUGGUAUCACAAGCCUUCAGGGAGAUGUUUUUUUUUCGAUAGAGGUUGUGAAGGUAGUGAAGGCUGUAGAAAAGUAAGGCUAAUCGUAAGUCUAACUAGGCAUGUCCAAUUGUUCACUCACAGGUUUCUGCGUUUUUUUUUUUGUUUUGAUCAAUUUUGGUUGCUAUAUUAUUAGCCGUUUUCAUCACACCCUCGUACUCACUCUGGUUUGUAGCCCAUAAGGUAGAACACAAUUGCUCAAAAGAUUUGAAGCUGACUGGUCAACCCGCAAUAAUUUAUUUCACUGAAAUGAUAAUUUGACAAGCUUUUUCGUAAGUUCUGCAAAAUGUGCCUUUAGUCCAUCUUCCAUCUUGAUAUUUCUGCCUGUAAAGAUUGAGGUUUUAUCUGCUUCAUGGUUAACACUGUAAGGAUCUCGGAAGCUGAUGUUCACAAAGUGGACUCCCGUACUACUCUGCAGACUGUGUCUGCUGCUCGCAAACAAUCAUUGAAUUUCAGUAUUGAUAGCUAAUUGUGAUAUAAACAUAGCUUUUUAGAUUAUUUCCUUGUGAUGAACGAUGACUGAAAAGAGGAAUUUUAUUUCUUCAUGAAAGUCAAAAAGAAUUCAGAAAAUGUUUAACAAAUGGUGAACAUUUGUAAUUUAUUUCAGAGUGUUUGCUUUGGAUAACUUCCGGUGUUCGCUUCAGAGACAUGAAUCCGAAACUGCUAUUUCAGCAUUUUAACUUUAUUUUCUUAGGUAAAAAGAAAACAUACAUUUGAAGACUUUCAUGUUUUAAUACAAUUCCUAUUUUUUAACUUAUGUAAAUGUAGCACUUUUAAAUUAUGUUCUUGUAAAUAUCAUAAUUGUUUUAAAUCAUUUGUGUAAAUAAAUUUCAUCAUCCUACUCCAAAUU